CUGCCAAGUCCUCGUGCCAAAAACUUUUCACCCACAGACGAAUGCGUCCAAGCCGUCCUAAGUCAAGAAUUGAAUAGAGGAGUAGUACAUCACAACAUAGAUAUUACUAGGGAUUCCUUUAUUUACAGAGACAGAGUUUUCCGUAGUUGCAAAUCCAGGACGAAAUUGUCUGUGGAAUAAAACCGCUGGAAAGGUUCGGGUGGUGAGGAUGGACCGAGCUCCAAGCUCCAGCCCAAGUGGCACCAGUCAAACAUCACAACCAACCCAACAUGAACCCAUCAGCUUCGGCAUUGACCAGAUUCUCAGCGGAACCGAUCAAGAAUCACAGCAGAAUUCGACCAGGAAUAGUUCGGAGAAUAGCAGCGGCAGCAGCAGUGCGAGCGGAGGCUGUUACCAUCUCGGCAGCCCAACGGGAGCGAGCGCAACGCCGUACACAACACUUACCGGCACAUUUCACGGUAUCGCGGCUCCUUAUGAGGAGUCCAGUCCAUACGGAGUGAACUUGACCCUUGCGCCCGGAGGAGUGAUUAGGGUCCCGGCGCACAGGCCCCUUGCCGCGGCCGUUCCUCCACCCAUGGCCAGCGCGGUACCCGGACUUGGGAGCCUUAGUUUUCCCUGGAUGGAGAGCAGCCAGCGCUUCGCAAAAGACAGGUUUGCAGCAGCCCUGACGCCUUUUACUGUGGCUCGACGUAUUGGUCACCCGUACCAGAAUCGCACACCACCUAAGAGAAAGAAGCCCCGCACGUCCUUCUCCAGAGUGCAGAUCUGUGAGCUGGAGAAGCGCUUCCACAGACAAAAAUACCUGGCCAGUGCUGAACGGGCAGCUUUGGCCAAAACUCUGAAGAUGACAGACGCACAGGUCAAAACAUGGUUUCAGAACCGCAGGACCAAAUGGAGACGGCAGACGGCGGAGGAGAGGGAGGCAGAGCGUCAGCAGGCCAACCGCCUGAUGAUUCAGCUCCAGCACGAUGCCUUCCAGAAGUCUUUGACUGAUUCAGUUCCAACAGACCCACUCUGCAUUCACAACUCAUCUCUGUUCGCCCUGCAAAACCUUCAGCCUUGGGCGAGUGAGGAGAGCAGCAAGCUUGGAGGAGUGACGGCGCUCGUAUGAGUAUCGCAACUCAAAGGAAAAGACAUUCUUUGUUUUGAUGGACAAGGAUGUUGGUUGACUUUAUCACCAUCCCAAAUGACUAUUUCAUUGAACCACAAGAAAAAAAGCAAGGAACUAAUUUUGGCACAAUGAGCAAACCCAUAUAAAUAAAAAGGCCUUUGCAAAAUAAAUGAAGGCCGUUUUCUGUGGUGUGUCUGUGAGUACAGAGACUUUUAUCCCCAUCAGGGUCAGUUUCAUUGACAAAUUGACCUAUAGGAAGGAACAGGGCAUCUCAGCUAACCCUUUUACAGAGCUACUAAUCUCCUCUUCCAUCCUUUCAUUUGCCCUUUUGCCCCCCUGUGUAAUUUCUCCACCACUCAGAGCUGUACAAUACAGGAUUAAUGCAGAGGAGGGAAGUAACAAUGAAUUAAUUAUUUAUAAUUCAAGUUGCACAACCUAAAAUGCCCCCAAAAUGGCCAUGUAAGAGAAUAAAAGGACAAAAACUAUUUUGAAACAGUCUUCAAUACAUAUAAUUACAUUGUUUUCAGGUUGGGUAUUAUAAAAAAAUGUAUCAUUUGAGAUUUUAACCCACACAAAAAUAAUUCAGGGUUGUUUCAAACCCAAUUUGCAUUAAAUAUGGACAAACAUUAUAUUUUAAUUAUUAUUAUUUUUUAAAUAAUUUUUUUAGGGUUUGUUCACCUUUUAUUGGGAUAGGAUAGUGGAGGACAGACAGGAAAGCAUUGGGAGCAAAGGGUCGGCAAAAGACCUUGAGCCAGGAUUCGAAUUCGGGUCACCGUGAGCACAAUGGUGCUACAUGUCGUCACUCUUAACCACUAGACUAUUGGCGCUGACCAUUUUAAUUAUUUUUAAAUUAACGUUUUAAUCCAGGGGUUAGGUUUGUCAACAUUUUCACCCAAUUUUUUGAGUGAAGGAACAAUAACAAUCUCCUAUUUGUGUUUU